GACAGCGCGCGAGUUUGUUGUCAUUUCGCGGGAGAGGAAGUGCUGUUGCGCUUAGUGGGCUAACAACAUAUACUUUGAUAUUGGAUUAAACGCCUCAAAAUGAGUUUAUGGGUUGACAAAUACAGGCCUACCCUUCUGGGAAAGUUGGACUAUCACAAAGAACAGGCGAAUCAGCUGAAAAAUCUCGUGCAAUGCGGGGACUUUCCCCACUUGCUCGUUUACGGUCCAUCGGGGGCCGGUAAGAAAACGCGGAUCAUGUGUCUGCUACGCGAGCUGUACGGACCCGGGGUGGAAAAACUGCGGAUCGAGCAUCAGUCCAUUACAGCUCCGUCAAAAAAGAAGAUUGAAAUCAACUCAAUAGCAAGCAACUACCAUCUGGAAGUCAAUGCGAGCGAUGCUGGAAACAGCGACCGCGUGGUCAUUCAGGAACUGAUCAAAACCGUGGCUCAGUCACAGCAGAUCCAGUCCAGUACGCAGAGAGAGUUCAAAGUGGUGCUGCUGACGGAGGUGGACCGGCUCACCAAGGACGCCCAGCAUGCAUUGCGGCGGACCAUGGAGAAGUACAUGUCCACCUGCAGGCUGAUCCUGUGCUGUAACUCCACCUCCAAGGUCAUCGGCCCAAUCCGGAGCAGGUGCCUGGCCGUGAGAGUCGCCCUGCCCAGCACGGAGGAGGUGUGCAGUGUCCUGACCAGCGUGUGCAGGAAGGAAGGGCUGCUGUUGCCGGGGGAACUGGCCAAGCGGAUCGCGGAGAAGUCCGGCCGCAACCUGCGCAAAGCGCUGCUGAUGUGCGAGGCCUGCAGGGUGCAGCAGUACCCGUUCUCGGCUGAUCAGGACAUCCCGGACACAGACUGGGAGGUGUACCUGAAGGAGACGGCCAACGCCAUCGUCAGCCAGCAGAGUCCUCAGAGGCUGCUGGAGGUGCGGGCCAGGCUGUACGAGCUCCUCACGCACUGCAUCCCCCCAGAGAUCAUCAUCAAGGGCCUUGUGGCGGAGCUCCUGAGCAACUGCGACGGGCACCUGAAGGCGGAGGUGGCGCAGGCCGCCGCCCACUACGAGCACCGCCUGCAGCUCGGCAACAAGGCCAUCUACCACCUGGAGGCCUUCGUGGCCAAGUUCAUGGCCGUCUACAAGAAGUUCAUGGAGGACGGGCUGGACGCCAUGAUGAUCUGAGACCGCCCCCCCCCCCCCCACCUCCCACCCUCCCUCGGCUUCUGGAGGAGAUGGACAGCGAAACUCCCGCGUUUCCAUGGGAACGGUUGCACUGCGGCCAUGUAGCGCAGCGAUUGGUUUGACCGUUGGAAAUGUCAAUGGAACACUGAAUUAUAUUCUCCUUACUUCACUAUUAAAGAAUCAUUUCAUUAUGUAA